GAAGCAGGGCAGCAGGGCGCACAGGGCAGCAGGGCUGCAGGGCAGCAGGGCAGCAGGGCACGCGGGGCAAACAGGGCAGCAAGGCGCACAGGGCUGCAGGGCAGCAGGGCGCGCGGGGCGCGCAGGGCUGCAGGGCGCGCAGGGCAGCAGGACAGCAGGGCGCGCAGGGCGCGCAGGGCUGCAGGGCGCGCGGGGUGCACAGGGCAGCAGGGCAGCAGGGCGUGCGGGGCGCAGCAGGGCUGCAGGGCGCGCGGGGCGCACAGGGCAGCAGGGCAGCAGGGCGCACAGGGCUGCAGGGCAGCAGGGCACGCGGGGCGCACAGGGCUGCAGAUCCUCUCCCCCCAACUGCUGCACCCGCAGCAGGAGGAUGGAGGAGAAGGGAGGGGGGGGGGGGGGGGGGCGGGGGGGGCUGCUCCCCCCUCCCCACCCAACACAAGGUGCGGCAGGGAGAGAGAGAGAGGAGAAAGGGGGGCGGGGGGGGGCUGAUGCUGCAGAUCCCCUCCCCACCAUUGCUGCUCCACUAUCCGUCACCCCCCAGGGAUGAAGGAGAAGGGGGGGGGACGGGGGGGUUGGUGCUGGAGAUCCCCUCCCCCCCACUGCUGCACCCACAGCAGGGGGAUGGAUGA